AUGGUUAACAUCAUUCCACAACGGUUGAAAUCAUCAUCACGCUUGAAUAACGGCUCAGCCGCAAAUAGUCGUAACGCCAGCCCAAUGAGAAACAAAGGAGAUUCAGCAAGCCCUGAGGGGCGGAGGGAGACGGGGUUGAUGCUUAACACUGUAAUUUUGAAGGCACGAAAUCUCGCUGCGGCAGAUCGAAGUGGUACUUCUGACCCAUAUCUUGUUGUAACCCUCGGCGAAAAUAGACACCAAACCCACUCUGUGUCCAAAACCCUUAACCCACACUGGAACGAACAAUGCGAGUUCCACGUGAAUGAAACCCGGCACUUGCUCCUCGACAUCAUCUGUUGGGACAAGGACAGGUUUGGCAAGGACUAUCUCGGAGAGUUCGAUCUUGCCCUCGAGGAAAUAUUUGCGGACGGCCAUUACGAGCAGGAACCAAAAUGGUUCCCUCUGAAGAGCAAGAGGACAGGCAAGAAAGCUACCAAAGUCUCCGGCGAAGUCCUGUUGCAAUUCACUCUCUACGACGCCGCGAACCCAAAUGCGACCGACGUCGAUAUCGCUGCCAAGUUUAACGCUCUGGCCAAGUCUGCCCCUGAGGCCGACCCCACGUCUAAGAACCCGACACCCACCCGCACACCAGUCCUGGCUCCGACGAAGCCAAGCACCUCCCCGUCGCCGCCCAUCAGCCGGCGGCCGACAGAGUAUGGCAGCGAUGACGAUGACGCUGAGUAUGACGUUUAUGAUGACGAGACGCCAGAGGAGGAAGACCCAACGAAGCCCGAGAGCGCCGAGAAACGCAAGCGGCGGCUCCGAAUCAAGGGCUUGAAGCGCAAGAAGCGCGACAACCCGUAUGAGUUUACCAAUGGAGACCGCCAGGACGUCGUUGGAAUCAUCUUCCUCGAGGUUGUCAAAAUCACCGAUCUGCCUCCGGAAUCAAAUUUCACGAAGACCGGUUUCGACAUGGAUCCUUUCGUAGUCGCAUCUUUGGGCAAGAAGACUUAUCGUACCAAGGUCGUGCGACAUAACUUGAACCCGGUCUACAACGAAAAGAUGAUUUUCAACGUGCUCGGGCAUGAACAGACCUACUCUUUCGCCUUCACUGUCAUCGAUCGGGAUCGCUACACCGGCAACGAUUUCAUUGCAUCCACAUCUCUUCCCCUCAAGGAUCUUAUGGAGACGGCCCCUAGUGCCGACCCAGAGACGGGUCUUUACAGGCUGAGGGAGCUACCGGAAUAUGUGCAACCAGACAGCUCGUCGCAAAAGUCCCGCUUCAAGAGACUGGGUAUGUCAAGGUCAAAUUCUCAGCAGAGCCUGGCGAAAUCUGCGCGGCCCGCUCUUAGCAAGAAUCCUUCACAAAUGUCACAGGCGCCUACAUCUGUACCAGGCGACGGGGCGCUGGACCCCACGCAGCUCUCUGUCCCCAACCCCGGGCUUUUGGCGCCUGUCGACCCCAAUACUGUCGGAACCGGGGUAGAGGCGACUCAGGAUGGCGAAGAUCCUGACUUUGUGUUCUUCGAAGUGCCCCUGAAGAUGAAAAAUCUGGAGAAGUGGGAGGCAAAGCACAACCCAGUGCUCACUCUGAGGGCCAAAUACAUGCCCUACCCUGCCCUGCGGCAACAGUUCUGGAGAUCUAUGCUCAAGCAGUACGAUACCGAUGAGAAUGGGAGCAUCAGCAAGGUUGAGUUGACGACCAUGCUGGACACUCUUGGCUCCACUCUGCGCGAUUCUACCAUUGACAGCUUCUUCAAACGCUUCCCACACGCUGCCAACAGCGGUGAAAGUGAUCUUACAACCGACGAGGCGGUGAUCUGCCUGGAGGAUCAACUCCUGUCAAAAUCGAAACCAAGCAUGACUGAUCGUCUGAAGGACAAAUUGCCUGACUUCGCAAAGGGGCACACAUCUGGAAAAGAGCCAGCUUCGGGUGAGGUAGUCCCUGGUCCCGAAACGGCACCUAGCAGUCAGAUCUCCGCGUCUACCAUUACGGUUCCCAAGUUUUCCACUGCGGGUGAGGAAGGCGAAGCUCUGGCCGAGAGAGACGAUCUCAAUGACCGCGGAGAAGAGCAUGUGGUUGAGAUUAGGGAAUGCCCCAUCUGCCACCAACCUCGUUUGAACAAGAGAACCGAUUCGGACAUCAUCACUCAUAUAGCCACCUGCGCCAGCCAGGAUUGGCGCCAGGUCAACAACAUCGUGAUGGCUGGGUUUGUGACCGCUAGCCAGGCGCAGCGGAAGUGGUACUCCAAGGUCAUCACCAAGAUUUCAUAUGGAGGUUACAAGCUGGGUGCCAAUUCUGCCAACAUCCUCGUGCAGGAUCGCAUAACAGGACAAAUAAGUGAAGAAAAGAUGAGCGUGUACGUCAGACUUGGCAUCAGACUGCUCUACAAGGGGCUGAAAUCGAACAACAUGGAGAAUAAGAGGAUCCGCAAAUUGCUCAAGAGUCUCAGCAUCAAGCAGGGCAAGAAGUACGACGAUCCGGCUUCAAAGGCAGAGAUUGAGGGAUUCAUCGAAUUCCACAAGCUCGACAUGUCCGAAGUCCUCUUGCCCGUUGAGGAAUUCAAGAACUUCAACGAGUUCUUCUACCGGGCGCUCAAGCCAGAUGCUCGGCCAUGUUCAGCGCCUGGAAACCCCCACAUCAUUGUGUCACCUGCCGACUGUCGCUCCGUGGUUUUCAACCGCGUCGACAUUGCCACCAAUGUGUGGAUCAAGGGGCGCGAGUUCUCAGUCAAGAGACUGCUUGGCGACGCUUACCCAGAAGACGCAGUGCGAUAUGAGAACGGAGGUGCACUAGGCAUUUUCCGCCUCGCGCCACAGGACUACCACCGCUUCCACAUUCCCGUGGAUGGAGUAAUGGGCAAGCCCAAGACCAUUGAAGGAGAGUACUACACUGUCAACCCCAUGGCCAUCCGAUCCGCGCUGGAUGUCUACGGCGAAAACGUCCGUGUCAUCGUGCCAAUCGACACCGUGGCCCACGGCCGGGUAAUGGUCAUCUGUGUGGGAGCCAUGAUGGUGGGCAGCACCGUGAUCACCAGGCAAGAAGGCGAGCACGUCAAGAGGGCUGAAGAGCUUGGCUACUUCAAGUUCGGUGGCAGCACCAUUGUGCUGCUCUUCGAGGAGGGCAAGAUGGUGUUUGAUGAUGACUUGGUGGACAAUUCGAACGGCGCCCUCGAGACCUUGAUCCGUGUCGGCAUGUCCGUCGGCCAUUCACCCAGCGAGUCUCAAUGGGCACCCGACAUGCGUAAGGACGAGAAAGACAUAACGGAACAGGACAAGCGGGAGGCCAAGAGACGUAUUCAAGGGAACUACCACCUAGAGGACGACAGCGACGAGUCACCCCCUGCUAGCCAAACCGCCGGGUAG